GCUCGGUGGGUUUUGAGACAGCCCGAGUAUAUGCAUACAUGUCUGCCCUCUUACCAUAACAACACUGUCUUCACUUAGCAGAGCAACAUCACUGCUAACACAUCUAUACGUUUAGGAAUCUACAUACUGCUUCUCCGAAACACAUUUUGUGGCUUUUAAAUAUACACGUUUAGUGUUUACACACAGCAAUCGUGCAGCAGAGUACAGACUGGGUUAGCUAGUGCUUUAGCUAGCACACACAGGCUCAUGGAGUGCCCUCACCUCAACUCCAGUGUCUGUAUGACGGUGGAUCCGAGCCGCUUCCCCAACGGUUCCCCUUCCUCAUGGUGCUGUUCUGUUUGCCGGUCAAACAAAAGCCCGUGGGUUUGCCUGACGUGCUUGAACGUGCAUUGCGGAAGGUAUGUUAACGGCCAUGCCAAAAAGCAUUUUGAGGACAUUCAGGCUCCAGGUGGCGGUCAAAGGAAGCCAGAGCGAGAGAAGUUGAGCGAGAAGAGUCAGCAGCACUCUGUGUGUAUGGACUGCAACAGUUUUAGCACAUACUGUUACAGAUGUGACGAAUUUGUGGUGAACGACACAAAACUAGGAAAUGUGCAGAGGGUCAGAGAACAUCUUCAGAGUUUGGAAAACUCUGUGUCUAAUACCGACAGACAGAGGAAGAGAAAGCUGUCAGACAGUUCUUCUCAUGACAGCAAGCUGAAGAAAGACAGCGACGGCACUCUAGCACACUGUGCCACAGGCCUCCGCAAUCUGGGCAACACCUGCUUCAUGAAUGCCAUUCUCCAGUCCCUGAGUAACAUCCAGGUGUUCAGCUGUUAUUUCAAGGAGCUGCCCUCGGUGGCCUUACGAAGCGGGAAAACGGCAGGAAGGAGAAUGUACCACACCAGGAGUCAGGGGGACAGCAGUGUAUCUCUGGUUGAGGAGUUCAGGAAAACACUCUGUUCACUUUGGCAAGGGAGUCAGACCGCCUUCAGCCCAGACGCCCUCUUUUAUGUCAUUUGGAAAAUAAUGCCAAGUUUCAGGGGUUACCAGCAACAGGAUGCUCACGAGUUCCUGCGCUACCUGCUGGAUCAUCUUCACAGAGAGAUGCAGGGGAGCAAGAACGGGUCGCCCAGUCCCGCCCUGCCCCCGGACCGACCCAAACAUGCCUCCGAGAGCAAAUGCUGCAUAAACGGGACCUCCACUAUCGUUACAUCUGUGUUUGGUGGCGUCCUACAGAAUGAGGUGUACUGCUUGAUAUGUGGCACGGAGUCUCGGAAAUUUGAUCCAUUCCUAGAUCUCUCAUUGGACAUUCCCAGCCAGUUCAGAAUCAAGACCACAAAAGACCAAGAGCCGGGGCCAACAUGCACUUUGAGAGAUUGCCUUUAUAGUUUCACAGACCUUGAGGAACUUGAUGAAACUGAGCUCUACAUGUGUCACAAGUGCAAAAAGCGACAAAAGUCCACCAAGAAAUUCUGGAUCCAGAAACUGCCCAAGGUGCUUUGUUUGCAUCUGAAAAGGUUCCACUGGACAGCGUUUCUGAGGAAUAAGAUUGACACCUAUGUAGAGUUUCCCAUGCGCGGCCUUGACAUGAAAAGCUACUUGUUAGAGCCUGAAAACAGCUUGCCUGAGAGAGGCCUGUAUGAUCUUGCUGCAGUGGUGGUGCAUCAUGGGUCUGGCAUCGGCUCAGGACAUUACACGGCAUACGGGCGUCACGAGGGCCAAUGGUACCACUUCAACGACAGCACGGUCACUCUGGUCAAUGAGGAGGCUGUGCUGAAAGCCAAGGCCUACAUUCUGUUAUACACAGAGCACAGCGAUCAAGAGAGUCAACCCAAGCACUAAGACUUCAGUUAUUGGACCUUCAUACGUGUGCCGUCAUCCGUCUCAUGUCCUAUGCUAUCCAGUUAUGUUUUCUCCGUCACAGAACCUCAGUAUAAACCGAAUUGCUGCUUACGUUUUGACUUGAUGACUUGCGUUGAAUAGACUGUCCCAGUUUUUGUUUUUGUUUUCAUAUGCCACCAGUGUGAAAUGAGAUUCCAAAGGCAAUUCUUCAGGGGGCUGAAAAAAAUUGACUGUAGAAACAAAAUGCUUUACAAUUGAUUUUUUUUUCCCUAAUUGAGUGUUUUUCCCGUCUGCUGAAAUGAUGACAGCCGUCUCGUUUUUGUGUCAGACACUUGACGUUCCCUACUCACGCCAACGUUCUGCUCGCUGCUCCAGGAAGGUUUUUUUUUUUUCUGUUCAGCUUGGAAAUUCAUUCUUGUCCUCUGAGCCUGCCGUUCAUUUGAUCUAGGUUGGCGUUGGAGGUAUUUCCGAACCAAAACUUGAAAUGUAUGAUUUUACAUAACAAAACAAGAUGUCAUUUUUUAUCACAAAGCAGUAGUUGACUCAAACACAGCUAUCACCUCACUAAUGUGAAAAUGAAUUUUGAAGAGAAGGGUCCAGUAGCUCACAUAGUUCGUUUCGUUUCCUUUACGCUUGGAAAUGUCUGACCUGAUGUAAAGUUUCUGUCCUUUUAGAAUUAAAGGGAUGCAUAUUGUGCAAAA